AUGGUUUAUGUUCAUCAACCAACUUAUGGUUAUGCUCAAUUUUUUGGACCUAAACCACAACUUGUUCACUGCCCAACUUGUAACCAAAAUAUAAAAACUACACUUAAAUAUGUUAAUGGAAGAUCUGCUUGGCUGGACAGUAUUGCUAUAGCAUUAUUUGGGCUUUUUGUUUGCGUAAUGGGGUUUAUAGUUAUUAUUGGGGCUAUUACAGAACCUGCCAAUAAGGAUGAAUCUCGUGCAUCUCUUAUAAUCGCGUCUUUUAUUAUUCUUAUUUUUGGACUUGUUAUCUGCGGGUUUUCGUUUAUUCUAUUUCAUUGGGACAGUUCUAAGGAUGUUGAACAUUAUUGUAGUGUUUGCAACAAUUAUGUUGGUAAAUAUAUACGAAAUCCUCGAAGACCUGUAGUUAUACUGCCACCAGAAUUAUAUAAACAUAAAGUAUAUCAACCUAAGAAUAAUCAGUUAGAGAGAGAGAAUACAAUAAAAUAA